UUGACGCAGCAUGGCGAGGGGAGACACGCGUGAAAAGGAACCGAAAACUUAACAGACCCACAAGAGAAAAUCCAGGGAGUAUUGACUACCAUAUAGUCUAAAACCCUAUAAAAGAAGAAGAAGAAGAAAAGGGACCAAAAACUGAACUACGAUGCAGCUCAUCAGACUUCCCGAUGAAUUACGCCAUGCCAUCUUGGCCCUCACGUCCCCCUUGACGAAGGAGCAAUCCAAGGGCGCCGUGGUGAUCAUGAAGCAUGUCGAGGCCGAACUCCAUGGUCUUUCGGGUAAAGAUCUCCCAGAGAAUGUGAAAAAAAUUAUUCAGGCACUUGUAUGCAAAUUAACAUCCAACAAGAAGGAAGGCAUAUCCACUGGCCUUCAUACAAUCCUGAAACAGAAAAAACAGACAGUAGAGUUCACUUACGAAACUCUAAAGGCGGAAUUCGAUGGCAAAGUUACUAGAGAUGAUGAAAUAUAUGAUGUGCUGGUCUCACAAAUCCUAGGAUACAGUGCUUUGGUACGGUCAGGACACCUUGGAAACCAUCCGGAAGUACUUAAAGAUACUGUUGUGAGAUUGCUAGCCAUUAAAGAAGGGGGAGAGGCUAUUGACAUCAUGAGAACAACUUUGGUCAUGGAUAUUUUGGAAAGAUAUAGUGAUUCUCCAGUGCAUGAUAUAGCAUUGGAGCAAUUGAAGACUCUUGCUAAUGUGCCUAUGAAGAAAAUAAAGCCCUGUUUAUUGUGGAUCCGCUUAGUCUUGAUGAAGAAAUGUUCAGAUAUGCCUAACUGGCUCUCUUCUACCCUUGAUGCCAGCAACUAUACAGCUCUUGGUGAAGUGCUCAAGACAUGCAAGGCAUUGCUUCCAAAAGUACAUCCAUUAAUAGAAGAGUUAGCCAGUGCCCUUGCAAGAAGUGGCACCAACACCAAGUUCCCAUUGGGCGAGUUUUGGAGAGCCAACUUUUACUCUCGUUUACAUUCCUUUUCCAGCGAAGAUUUACAGCUUGCUCUAAUUUUCCUCAAGAUUCUUAUACCCAAAUUGAAGAGAAAAUCUGAGGUAACAACAAUUUUAGGAGAAAAGGUGAUCACAUUCCUGCUCAAAAAUGCCAAUUCCAACAAAGUUUUGAAGGCGGCGCUCCCAGACUUGAGCAGAGUACUUGAACAGUUGGUUCAGAAUCAUGAGGACAAGGAAGAGGAAGUCCAGUUAGCUGUUGUUGAGGCACUGAUUCUGCCUCCAGGCACUAUACAGUUUGAUUCACUGACUAAAACCAACAUGGUGCAGAGGACUAUUAAACAUUUGACAGCCUCAGAUGUCAAGAAACUUGGUGACUAUAUCACAAAGCGUAUAAUGGGCAAGGAUGACCAAGAAGGGAUGUAUGCUGAAGUCCUGGCUCUCCUGUUAAUGAAUCCAAAGAUAAAGGAAGACGGCCCCUGGAAGACGGAGCAACUGAAAACACUGAUUAAAGCAACUCUGGUGUCACAGAAAAAGAAGACCAGUUAUCUCAGAAAUACGCUGAUGCAAGGACUUUAUCAAGAAUUACAGAGGGCUCCAUCUGCUUUGGCAUUUUUGAAACCCAUUGUUGAUUUCACUCACAAGGAGAUCGAGGCUUGCACUGAAGACAAUGGAUUGGUCAGUCCACAGAGCAAAGAACUAUGGGAUAAUGUCAAGAAGAAAAUUGCCGUACUGAAUUCUAAGCAAGGAAAAUGGCCGAAAAAUAGUAACCAGGUUCUGAAGGUGCUGUAUUUAGCCAUGACUUUCUACAUCAUGCAAGAUUUCAUUGGAGCAAGCAAGCUUCUGGAAAAGCUUGAUGAAUGCCUCGAGGUAGCACAGAAGCAGGGAACUAAACAGGCCACCAAAGAAGAAUUGCCCUGGGUGGUCACAGCAACAGAGUUGAUCCUAAAUUAUGCUCCGAGUGACAGCACUUUCAUCAGGGCAGUGGCGCAGUCUGCUUUCAAGUUGAUUGUACAUGACCAGACAACAGAGACAAUAUCAAUGCUCGUUGAUGCAGUUGUGCCCGAGGGCACGGAGGAACAAGAUAUUGAAUCAGAUGAAGAGGAGGAGAAGGAGGAGGAAGGUGAGGAUGAAGAUGAAGAAAUGAGUGAGGAUAAUGAUGAUGAAAAAAAUGAAGAGGAUGGUAAAGGAGAGGAUGAAGGGGAUCCACUGGAUGAGAUAGAUAUAGGUGGUGAAGAAGACAUGGACGAUGAUCAAGAUGAUGAGAGUGAUGAAGAUGAAUCAGCAGCUGCUAAGGACAUGACUGCUAAGUUGCGCUUAGAGCUGGCACUUGCACAAGGAGAUCAUGAGGAUAUUGAUUUAGAUGAAGCUCCAGAGGAAGAACUGGAAAAGCUGGACGUAGCAAUGUCUGCAAUUUUUGCAAAGUACCGUGGAACCAAGAAAGGAAAGAAGGAACCGAAGAAGAAACUGAGAGAUAUACAUUUGGAGUGUCGGAUAUUGAUUUAG